GCCCUUUAUAGCGAUGAAGACAUCUAUCUAUUAGACGAUCCGUUAAGUGCUGUCGACUCUGAAGUCGCGAAUCAUAUCUUCGAUAAAUGUAUUUGUGAUUAUCUAAAGACAAAAACAGUGGUAUUAGUCACACAUCAGAUCCAAUUCAUACAAAAGGCCACAAAAAUCUUGGUUCUCAAAGAGGGUCGGAGUCUAGCGUUUGGAACGUAUGAAGAAUUACUCGAUUCUGGCAUUGAUUUCAUGUCUUUGAUUAGUGAUAAUAAAUAUAAUGUUAAACAAGAUAUAAGCAAUGAAAAUACUAAUGAAAUUGUAAUGGUUGAUAAAAUGGCUGAAAAUACUCUUGCAGUUCAGAAUGAGGAAUCGGAACCUAAAGAUCAAUUUAUUGCCGAUGAAUAUCGACAUAAAGGUUCAGUUGAGGGCAAAGUUUAUUGGCACUAUAUUAGAGCCGGUGGUGGACCUCUAUUAAUUAGUGUCAUACUAUUCACUACAAUUAUAUAUUACUUUCUCGAUACUUAUAUUGAUAUAUACCUGUCUAUUUGG